UCAUAUACACACUCAUAUAUACACACACACACACUCAUAUACAUACACACACACACACAAACAUACAUACAUACAUACACACACACACACUUACAUACACACACACACACACACACUUACAUACACACACACACACACAGUCUGUCUCUCCCCUCCCCUCCCCUCCCCAGGGCUCCUACAUGUUGCUCCCCUUUCUCCAUAAGCGGGGUCUCGGCUCAGAGUUGCUCUCCCUCCUUCCCUAGCCCCUCCACAAACCCCCCUCCAUCUCCUGUCACAGCCAGCAAUGGGUUGAGUCCACACUGACCCCACCGACCUCUGCCUAAAGUGAGGGGAAGCAAAAAAAACGACUCUCGCCAAAAGAGUGAAGGGGAUCGAUUAUCAGCCAAGAAUGUCGAAAGAGAGCGUUACCGUGACGUCCCAGUCCCAAUCGCAGUCCCAAUCUCAGUCCCAGAGCGCCUCGUCUUCCAGUGCCACCGGAUCCAGUAGCCUCUCCUCGGCAGGCAGCGCCACUGUCAUUUUGGAUUCAGCGCCUUCCCAGGAUCUCGCCCCCAUCCCCGAGGAGGAACCACCGAAGCCUUGGGGACGGCUCUGGGCCCUGGAAAGCGGCUUUUGGAAUCUGGAUUGCAUUCAUAAUGAAUAUUGGUUUGGGAGGGAUAAAUCCUGCCACUAUAGUUUUGAUCAUCCAAUGUUGAAGAAGAAGGAACAUUUCAAGUCCUACAGUAAGAAGCAUUUCAGGAUAGUCAGAGAGCAGGGCCCUGGAAAUUCAUUUGUAGUCUUCAUUGAAGAUCACAGUUCGAAUGGGACCUUCCUGAACGGGCAGAUAAUAGGAAAGGAUCGUAGAUUACCAUUGUACAAUAAUGCAGAAAUAGCAAUUAAUCAUGAAUUGCACAAAGUUUUUGUUUUCUCUGAUCUCAUGACGGAUGACCAGCUGAACUUACCGAAAGAGUUUCGAGAGAAAUACAUCAUCUCAAAAGCACUUGGCUCCGGUGUGUGCGGGGAAGUUAAACUGGCGUUUGAAAAGGCAAACUGCAAGAAGGUGGCCGUGAAGAUCGUGCAUAAACCAAAAUUUGCGAAGCUUGUCACUGAGCGAGUAAUGCUUCAAAUGAACUCUUGCCACACGGAAAUUGAAAUUCUAAAGGGAGUUAAUAAGCCUUGCAUCAUCAGGAUUGAGGAGGUGUUUGAUUUUGACGACUCUUUCUACAUUGUGCUGGAUUUGAUGGAAGGUGGGGAACUUUUUGAUCGAGUGGCUUGCUCAAAAGGACUGAAAGAACAAACAGCCAAGCUGCUGUUCUAUCAGAUGCUUCUCGCAGUCCAGUAUCUUCAUGACAACAAUAUCACGCACCGAGAUCUCAAACCUGAAAACGUGUUGCUCAAAAGCAACGAGGAGAACUGCCUUCUUAAGAUUACAGACUUUGGUCUGUCGAAGAUUGUAGGAGAAGCCUCACUGAUGAAGACUUUGUGCGGAACGCCCACCUAUCUAGCUCCGGAGGUGUUGUUGGGGGCUGGAGCAGGGUCCUAUUCUAAAGCAGUGGACUGCUGGAGCCUUGGUGUAAUACUCUUCAUUUGCUUGGCUGGGUAUCCACCUUUCAGUGACCAAAACAAGGAAAUGGCACUGAGGGAUCAAAUCAUUAAAGGCCACUACAGAUUCAUCCGUGACUACUGGGUGAAUGUCUCUGAAACGGCAAAGGACUUGGUGAAGAAGUUGCUUAUUGUGGACCCAGUGAAAAGGCUCUCGACGGAAGAUGCACUUAAUCACCCGUGGAUGCAGGAUGAAGACAUGAAGAGAAAAGUGAAACAGUUGAUGUAUCCACAAAGUGAAUUGAUGUUGCCACCGGGCACAGGUGAACAGCCGUCGACCAGCAGAAAGAGACCACAUGAAGAAGACUGGCCCUCAACUGCUAAACUGCCCACCUACCCUGCUCCGAACAACAAGGUGGCCCGCGAGUAGGUAAACGACAGUGGGUGCAGCAUACUGUUUACCUAGCGCUGGUGUAUGGGACCAAGCAACCACGACCGACUCUGGGGACGUCUCGAGUCCAUUUAAGUGAACUUUUUUUUUUGUUUUUUUUUUCUGCUUUGGAAAAUAUUGGUUUAUUGCAUCAAGUAUAAUAGAAAUCUAUACAUAAUAACAGUCAUGUUUGAGAUUAAAGUAUCUCCAGCUGGUUUCAUCACCAUGCUCUCUGGACCCAGUAAUGGACGAUGAUAAAUUACAGGCCUAAUCGAGAAGAAGGUUUUAUAUGCUAAAAAAAAAAUGUGCGAUGACCACAUUCAUAAAAAAAAAAGUUAGUGCUACCCUUACACUGAUGAAAAGUUGUGAUUCUGAAUAGGUGG